CAAGAACUCACCGCCAAGUACAUGGAUAGUUCUGCCUGAUGGCUGGGGCUGGUAGACUAGCCCGCUCUGUUAUUAGGGGGUCAGUCGGACAUCACACACACACACACUUCCAAUGACUCACAGCAUCCAGCAGGCUAGAGCGCAUGUUUCGUGAAAAGGUGGUCAAUGCAGUUACUUAAGGUCAGCAGGACAUAGGUCUGUGGUGACAUAAAGCCAUUGCAAGUGCUGUGAGUGAUGUACUUGGUAGCGUCAGUUUGUGUGUGUGUGUGUGUGUGUGUGAUUUGUCAUUACGAUGUCCUCAGGGCCGUGCAGGACAGGAUCUUCUCACAAUCUGAUUAGCUAGCUUUCAUUUGAUAGCAGCGGGCAGCAGGCCCAGGGACAGAGCUAAAAACAGACCCACCAACGAGGGAGUGAAAGGGAGUGGGAGAUUGUUUCAGGAGCAACAGACGACCAGUGAAGUUUGUUAUGGCUGUCACACUGUAGCAGCAGAAAUAUUGUUGAACAAUGUCAGCUCAGCAGAUUACUGGCUACAUGACAUUUGUAAUUUCUUUCAUAUAUCCCUUCGACUUUGCCUGUUAUUUUGUUCAUUACAGUGGAACACGGUGUAAUCAAAUGAUUGACGUAUUAUCACCAUGUGCAGUUGAUGCGACAAUUGCAUUAUAUUCAUGUUUUUGUUAAGUAUAUUGUUAGCAGCAGAUUAUAAUUUGCUGAUUUAUGUUAGCAUGGUGCACCUUUAAUUUGAUACUAUUGCUUAUGAUCUAAAGAAGCAAGCAAACAAGACGUAAGUAAGAAUUUAAGCUAUUUCUGUGUAGUUAAUCUUAAGCUUGUCUUUGUAUCUGAUUCUAUAACAAAAUAAGCUGAAUGAUUUAUGCAGUUUUGCUCCGGCUAGGAGCAGGACUCCCUGGGAGUCAACACUGACAUCUCACUGCAGGAGGCCGUGCUGCUAGGUUCACCGUGGGGGGGGGGGGAGUCACUGGAGAACCAGAACCAGGACUGAGAGGAACAGACUGUCACACUGCUGCAGUAAAACGAGAGGUUUUCCAAAAGCGACGCUGGUGCUCCUAAAGACAAUGUUUUUUUUGUCAACAGCAGCCUCUGCAGAUGAAGGAUCUCCCUCUGGUAAGAAGCUGUCCUCCCCUCCGCUGCCUCCUCCAACCUUGCCAGUCUGGUGGUCGCCUGGCUCCGGUACACCUGCUCACACACGUACACACACAGAGGAAUGAGAUGUGGAGUGUUGCUAUGAAGGAGGCGGAUCUACAUGAAGGACAGCACAUCAGAGUCAACUGUGGUGGAGGAGGGGGAGUCACACACAUCGGGACAAGAACAUGACUCGAAGAUGAGCGGCGCUCAGGCUGAAGAGAAGGACUCUCCUCCACCCGAGGAGCUGGAGUGUAAAAUCUGCUAUCAACGCUACAAUGCCCACAACCGCAGGCCUAAGGUCCUGGACUGCCUGCACCGGGUCUGCGUCCGCUGCCUCAUCAAGAUCCUGGACAUCGCCGACGGGACGGACUUCAUCUCCUGCCCCUUCUGCAGACACCAGACUGAGGUCUCAGAGUACGAGGUGUCAGCCCUCCCCGACGACGCCAUCAUAAUGUCCCGUCUGGCGAUGCGGGACAAAUCCUGGAGCUCCGACAAGAACAGGGAGGUGCUCCUGACUCCAACGAGUUUCUCCUCCUCGAGCCCAUCCCGCGACUCCUCCAACUGCCUGGUCAUCACCAUAAUGGAAGUGCAGGGGGAGGCGCAGCGCUCCCCGAGCAGAAACGGAAGCUCCGACGUCUUCGCCGAGCAGAGCCUGGACUCUGUGUCGAUGGGCUCCAACGGGCUGGCGGAACAGGACGCCCUGUCCAAGUUCUGCAAUCACGUGCCACGCAUUCUGGUCUGGCUGCUGGGCUUCUUAUACUUUGGCUCGCUGCCUCUAGGAAUCUACCUGCUGGUGAUCCAGAGAGUGACACUGGGCAUUGCUUGCGUUAGCUUGGUGCCGUCGAGUCUGACAGUUUGCCUGGUGUACGGGUUCUGCCAGUGCCUGUGCCAGGGCAUGUGUGACUGUUACUCACGGGGAUGACUGGACGGGACAAAGGCAGCUGCACUGAACAGGAAUUUUGAUGUGCUUUUACCCGUCGGUACCUAUGAUGCCAACAGUUGACUAACUCAUAAUGGGCCAGUGCAGGGACCUUGAGUAUUGGCCCACUGCAACUCAGAGCCCACAGGAUGCGUUGGUUUGAGCAGGGGGGGGGGCUAUGCCUAUAUUUCUGGAAGAUAUUUCUACCCCUAACAUUUGUUGUGUGCCGUGUGUAUGACUUACUGUGUCAAAUGGUUUGAGAGCAGACCUUUCAUGACGACAGCACAGAGUCCUUGGCCCUCAUUUUUUUAAGACUGACUAUUCAAGUCCGCCACAGAAACCAGUAACGUAAGAUGAGUAUUAACUUUGUACUCCUAGGAUGCUCUUCAGUUGAUUAACAAACGCAUUUAAGCAUUCCUGGAUGAUUGGGAGUAUCCGGAUGACAAAAGAGGAGGGAGAUCUAAGUUGUAUCCGACUUUGGACACCACUUGAAAAAAGCUGAUUACUUCUUUUUACAGUGAGUGUUCCUCAGGUCCCUAAGCCAGCACUGAUAACACAUGUUACCAAAAUAUCUCUCCUCCGUGCAAGUUGAACAAAAGAUGGGUUUUAUGGGUUGAAUCCUUGUUGAAACUCGAUUCAUCCAAACGUCCCACAGUUCAUGAAACUGCGUAAGUAGAGCUUCUCCGAUUUCAGCGUUUUGUUAAACAAUCACAGGAAAUGGCUUGUAUGUUUGAAAUGUUUCUAUGUGAUGCGUCAAGGACUGAAUACUAAUAGCAACCAUAGCGAUUGUGAAUAGCAUAAUAUUUGACCUAAUCAACCCUCACGGCGAGCUUUGGCGGCUAUGGUCUACAUGCGGUGAGGUUGUGAGCUUUGCUUUUCUUAAUGUGCCCUGCUCCUCUUUCUCCCCCUGCAUUAUUACAUUGACUGGAUUUAGCACAUCUGAGGCAGAGACCAGACUCAUAUCUCAGGUUUUUUGAUAAGCAACAACCCUCCUGUUCAGUUCCUUGUCGUCUUGAUUUAGUCUGCUGAAGCUUUGCGGGGAAUGAAAAGUAGUUGAGACCAAAACGUACAUUUCAGUGUGAUAGAAUCUUUGGAGACAUCUUGAGUUGCUGCAGUCGUACCCAAAAACAGGUGGAAUUUAAGGAGAAAUGAAGAAAAAAGGUUAUGGCUCUAAAUGAAAUGUUUCAUUAUGUUUCAUUAUGUGGGACAUGGUUUUCAUGGGCAUGGCGGUUUAGAACUUGAUGGCAUUCUCACUACCUGGAGCAAUUAUGCACAAGUGAUUUUAACUUGUAGGAGUCAACCAUUUCUGUGUAAUGUUGAUAACUGAGGACCCAGGGCUUAAGAUUGAAAUAACAAACUUCAGAUAAUUAUGUUUCUCAUGAAAAAAGGAAAUGUAGGAUUUUGGAGAAAAAAAAGUGUUUUUUGUGCUAAACCAUUGCUCUAAAACGUGUGGUUAGUCCUGUUCAUUCUCUCAUGUGGGGCUCUACAUUCACUCCGUGCUUUCUGUCACUGUCUCUGGAACCACUCCCUCUGUGUUUGCCUGUGUUUCUCCUUUGAUUGACAGCAGCAACUCUCAGACUAGUGCUACACUUCUGGUUUCAGAAGCUACUAGACAAUAAAAUAAAUGGAGAAUUAUUUUCUAUAUGUUGCUUGUGUGCUUUUGUCUGCCGGCUGACUCACUUCACAAGAGUCAACACUGCUGUCGUCAAAGGUCAAUCUUGCAAAGUGUGUCUCAUCCCCUCAACGAGGCAGGAUGCGGUUUGUCGAUGCCGAUUUUUGUUACACUUCAAACAAACAAAAUCCCACAGGUGGUGGCUUAUUUGGGAAAAAACAGGGCAUUUUAAUCUCUAAUCCACUGGAUGUGUAAUGUCUCUUGGUCCUUUUGUUUAUUUUCUCUUAAUAUUCUUUAAACCUUCACAAUAGUGGUGAGAUCUGGCUCUACAAGAUUACUUUUAUAGUGCACCAAAAGAAUAAAAACAAAACAAUUUAUUUCACAUAUAAUGAUGGUAACCGAGCAUGAUAGUAUUUCUAACUCAAAAGAGAUCAAUCAGCCUCUUAUCUAUCAUUUAGGUUGAGUUGAGAGAUAAUAAAGCAACAAAGUGCUAAAUCUGGUCAGAGACAAGGACAAUAGGGAGUAAAAGGAAAAAAGGAAACAAAAUCGAAAGAGAGAUGAGAGACAGUGACGGCUGUUAGAACAAGAUUUCCUUUUCUGCUGGAGUUGGCAGAGCAGUAAGACGGAGUCCUCGUCAGUGGAGCGUUUGGCCUGCUGGUAACAUCUGACAUCAACAGGACUCUGCCUUCAUCUUUCUGAGCUGAGUGGCAGGUUACACUUCAAGGAAAGACCUCACCUAACUCUUCUGUUUGCAUAUAGACCCUUUCUUUCUUCAAAUUACACGAUGUGUGCAGUUGAAGCAAAUGAGUAUUUAAAAAAAAAUCUGGUUUUCAGGCUGUAAAAAUAAUAACCUUUUCUAACAAACUCUAGCCAACACAAUUAAAUAAAGUGUGU